UCCACUGCUGGGUGUUCUUGUCAGGUGCACACACAACGGGGGCCGAACAAUCAGCGAUGUCCGUCUCACAGAUGGAGAAAAAUUUAUUCAAUCUGAAGUUCGCUGUGAAAGAGCUCGAGCGAAAUUCUAAAAAAUGCGAGAAAGAGGAGAAAGUGGAGAAGGCAAAGGUGAAGAAAGCCAUUCAGAAAGGGAAUAUGGAGGGUGCGAGGAUACACGCUGAGAAUGCCAUUCGCCAGAAGAAUCAGGCACUCAAUUAUUUGAGGAUGAGUGCGAGGGUGGAUGCUGUUGCCAGCAGAGUACAGACAGCUCUGACGACGAGGAAAGUCACACAGUCGAUGGCUGGAGUCGUCAAGGCCAUGGAUGCAGCCAUGAAGUCCAUGAAUCUUGAGAAAAUUUCCAAUCUCAUGGAUAAAUUCGAGAGUCAGUUUGAGGAUUUGGAUGUACAGAGCUCGUACAUGGAGAAUGCAAUGUCUCAGACGACUACCACGAGUGUUCCUCAGGCUGAUGUGGACUCAUUGAUGCAACAGGUUGCUGAUGAAGCUGGAUUGGAACUGAACAUGGAGCUUCCAUCAGGCCAACUUGGAAGCAUUGGCACGUCAACAGCUGUCAGUCAGGAGCAGGACGAACUCACACAACGACUGGCACGUUUAAGAGAGUAACAGAACUGUUGUGAUACAGUAUAUUUUGAUUAACUCAUUCGAUCCAAAUACAAUAUGAAAAGAAAUAUAUCUUUACUGUGUAAUAUAACAUAUUAUUUUAUCGAGAAACAAUUAACAUUAAUUUUGCAUUAUGCAGUUUAUUACUUUCGAGUAUGGGAGUAGGAUUUAUCAGGCUGUUGACCCUUUUUGUAUUUACAUGAAUCACAUUAAGACGAAAUUUUAAAAGCAUCGAGGGAAGAACCCUGCGAAUUGAAUCUUUCUUGAGAAAAUAACAGGAGGAGCUUGUAUAAAAUACAAUUAAAUGAUUUGAUUUGCUUGAUUA